UAUGCACUGGUUCACUAUCCUGUCGUCCUUGGCUCACAACCACUUCAUUGAGAUAUAAAAAGUACCAGAGAGCAGCGUAUCAGUGUAGUACAAGAGUUGGGAGCAAUUGAGACUGGCUUAGCAGAGGGGAGACUGUGAACCAAGUUGGUGACCUUCUCAGCAUUGGAGAUCUAUGCCAGAUGGAUGAUCCAGGUCAAUUGAAGGAGGAAGGCAAUACAUAUUUUCAAGCUAAUGACUAUGAGAAUGCCAUUAAAAGCUACACCAAAGCCAUAAAACUCACCAAGGACAAAUCACUCCAGGCUGUAUUAUACAGGAACAGGGCAGCCUGCUUUCUGAAAAAGGAGAGCUAUGCCCAAGCAGCGUCGGAUGCUUCUAGAGCAAUUGACAUCAAUGCCUCAGAUAUCAAAGCCUUGUACAGGCGCAGCCAGGCACUGGAGAAGCUGGGUAAGCUGGACCAAGCUUUCAAAGAUGUCCAACGGUGUGCCACCAUUGAGCCCCACAACAAAAAUUUCCAGGAAAUCUUGAGGCGUUUGGGAGCCAACAUCCAGGAGAAGUUGCACAUUCAGUUCUCCAUGGAUGCCAGAGUGCAGAAGAUGUUUGAAAUCUUGUUGGAUGAGAACACUGAUAAAGAGAAGCGAGAAAAGGCAGCAAACAAUCUUAUUGUUCUGGGGCGGGAGGAAGCUGGAGCUGAGAGGAUAUUCCAGAACAAUGGGGUGAACCUGCUAAUGAAGCUGAUAGAAACCAAAAAUGUUGAAUUGAUCCUAGCAGCUGUAAGGACUCUUUCAGGCAUGUGCUCAGGACACAAGGCACGGACCACAGCAAUCCUUCACCAGCUUGGUAUUGACAGUAUUUGCAUGUGGAUGUCCGUGGACAAUGAAGAAAUCUCUUUGGCUGUUUGCAAUCUCCUGCAGGCCAUUACUGACUCCUUAUCAGGAGAGGGAAAGGAAGAGCAACAUGGGAAAGAGGAAGCUUUGGUGUUGGAUACCAAGAAGGAUUUGAAGAUAAUCACAGUGCACUUGCUUGACAUGCUGGUCAGUAAGAAGGUAUCUGGGCAAGGGCGGGACCGGGCUCUCAACCUGCUCAACAAGAAUAUACCACGAAAGGAUCUGAGAAUCCAUGAUAAUAGCAGAACUCUCUUUGUUGUUGACAAUGGAUUAAAAAAGAUAUUGAAAGUGGUGGGCCAGAUUCCUGAUAUGCCUGACUGCCUACCCUUAACUGAAAACACCCAGAUGACGGCUUCCAUCCUCCUGAAUAAACUGUAUGAUGAUCUGCGGUGUGAUUCUGAGCGAGAUCAUUUCCGAGAGAUCUGUGAAGAAUACAUCAAGAGCAAGAUUGAUCCUCAGGACAUGGAUAAGACCCUCCAUGCCAUCUCAAUAGUGUCUGGAGUAUUGCAAGGCCCUUUUGACUUGGGCAACAAGUUGCUGGGCAUGAAGGGUGUCAUGGAGAUGAUGGUUGCCUUGUGUGGCUCUGAAAGAGAGAUUGACCAAUUGGUGGCUGUGGAGGCUCUCAUUCAUGCAUCUACCAAGCUGAGUCGGGCUACUUUUAUCAUCACCAAUGGAAUAACACUCCUGAAAGAGAUUUACAAGAAGACUAAGAAUGAGAAGAUCAAAAUUCGAGCUCUGGUGGGCCUUUGCAAGCUGGGUUCAGCAGGUGGCACUGACUAUGGACUGAGACAAUUUGCUGAGGGAUCCACUGAAAAACUAGCAAAACAGUGUCGAAAGUGGCUGUGCAAUACCAGCAUUGAUACUCGCACCAGAAAAUGGGCUGUAGAAGGUCUGGCAUACCUAACCCUGGAUGCAGAUGUGAAAGAUGACUUUGUAGAAGAUGAGCCAGCCAUGCACGCCAUGUUUGAAUUAGCCAAGACAAGUGACAAGACUAUCUUGUACUCUGUGGCUUCCACUCUAGUGAACUGUACUAACAGCUAUGAAGUCAAGGAACUCAUCCCAGAGCUUGUGCAGCUGGCCCAGUUUUCUAAGCAGCAUGUGCCUGAGGAACAUCCCAAGGACAAGAAGGAUUUUGUUGUGAAGCGAGUGAAACGGUUACUUAAAGCUGGAGUGGUGUCUGCCCUGACCUGUAUGGUGAAAGCUGAUAGUGCCAUUUUAACAGACCAGACCAAGGAGCUGCUUGCCAGGGUGUUUCUUGCCUUGUGUGAGGAUCCUAAGGACCGUGGCACUAUAGUAGCUCAAGGUGGUGGAAAGGCCCUGAUACCUCUGGCUAUAGAAGGCACAGACGUUGGUAAAGUAAAGGCUUCUCAUGCUCUGGCAAAAAUGGCUGCCAUCUCCAAUCCUGAUAUUGCAUUCCCAGGGGAGAGGGUGUAUGAGGUGGUGCGGCCACUGGUUAGUUUGCUCAACACAGAGAGAGAUGGUCUCCAGAAUUAUGAGGCUUUGUUGGGUCUCACGAACUUCUCAGGAAGAAGUGACAAACUCAGGCAGAAGAUAAUCAAAGAGAGAGCCUUACCAGAGAUUGAAAACUAUAUGUUUGAGAACCAUGACCAACUCCGACAGGCAGCUACAGAAUGCAUGUGUAACCUGGUUGUCAACAAGGAGGUUCAAGAGCGGUUUGUAGCUGAUGGAAAUGACAGACUCAAGCUGAUUGUGUUACUGUGUAGUGAGGAUGAUGAGAAGGUCCAGAAAGCAGCUGCGGGAGCUUUGGCCAUGCUGACAGCAGCACAGAAGAAACUCUGCUAUAAAAUGACUCAAGUGACAAUUCAGUGGCUGGAAAUCCUGCAGAGGCUCUGCUUGCAUGACAGUGUGGAUGUUCAGCACCGUGGGCUGGUUGUUGCUUACAACCUAAUCAGCGCUGACAAAGAACUCGCCAAAAAGUUGGUAGAGAGUGAGCUCCUGGAGAUCCUGACAGUCGUUGGCAAACAAAAAGAUGACCCCAAAAUACAGCAUGCUAUUGACGCAGCUCGUGAGUGCCUUGUGAAGUGCAUGGACUAUGGGCUGAUCAAGCCGCUGUCACAGGCUUGAGGACAUCAUUGUCUAUUGAGAAAUGGCAAGGAGGCCACCAGGAGGUCUGGAAGUCUUCCAGAUCUGCAUAAGGACACUCAGUCCCAUAGCCAAGGCUUUACUGAGCACUGGCUUUGUGUGUUUUGUCCUGAAAGAAGGUAAAACUUAAUGAUAUCUAGAUACUGCAAAUACGUUCAGUGCCAGGAUUCAGCAAAUUUCCACUGAAAGAAGCAAUAUGGGAAGCACAUUGAACAGCUGCUGUUUCAGGAAGUCUCAAAAAAGAUAAAGAGAAUGAGUGGACUUUUUUCAAAAAUGAAAAUUCUUUAUUUCAGCAAUUCCUAGCAGUGGAAGAACAAGCACAAGGUUUUAUUUCUUCACAUCAGAUGUUCAGAAACUAAUUCAGAUUUGUUAUUUAAAAAUGAUUGUUUCUUCUUUUUAAUUGGAAUGCAGGCAUUUAGUGUGUGAGAGCACUGGGUGGAUUCAUAAUAAACAGCAUCUUUGCUCUGUG